AUGCCGAAGCUUAGACCUAAACGCACAAGUACUACCACUGCGUGUUGCCAUUGCGGAAACACGCUUCAUACUUCUGACGCAUGUCCAUUGGCGACAAUAGAUAUAAUAGAAGACGAUAGUGAUAAAAAUUUGAGUGAUGUAACCCUUGAUGAUGUUGAUAAUGAAGAAUCCGAUGAAAAAAAUUCAAAGAAAAAAAAAGGAUCUAAAGCUAAAUCUGUUGUAAAGAAAGCUGAUGAUGGAUCCGAUCAAAAAUCAAAGAGAAAAAGAGAAACUAAAGGUAAAUCUGUUGUGAGUGAACCUGGAUCAUCAUCAAAAAGCGAAGGUAGUAAAACAAAAGAGAAAAAGACUUCAAAGAAACGAAAAGUUGCUAGUUCUGCUUCUAGAGAAUCAUCUUCUGAUUUUACUUCAGAAGAACCUGAGUGGCUUAAAAAUUCUCAAAACGUUACUGCCAUUCCAAUUACAAUGCCUGUCGAAACUUUUAAUCAAUUAACUUCUGAAGCUGAUCGUCAACCUGCACCUACUCAAGAUCAAGAUGCUACUGAGCGUGUAUUCAUUGCCCCAUAUUAUGUUGAUUUGGAUGCAACUAAAGUUGUGGGCAUCCAAUAUUAUCAUGGAAUUGUUAACAAGGGAGAAGCGGUAUCCAUAAUGCGUGAACCAACCAAUCCUCAUGACAAAAAUGCGCUUAGGGUAGACAAUGUUAUGGGUGAACAAGUCGGUCAUGUUCCUAGAGAUGUUGCUGCCAUUUUAUCUUCUUCGAUUGAUAAUGGUGAUCUUAAAAUCGAGGCUACUAUAAUUGGAAACCGUGGUACCUACAGUAUUCCACUCCAAUUACACGUGUUCGGAUUACCUCAGAAACAAGAAACAAUUUCUAAGACGUUAAAAAAACGUGGAAUUUUGAUCGAAUCUCCAAAAGAACCACGACAAACAAAGAAAAGCUUAGCUGAGGCUGCAUCUCGAGCUGAGUUUGAUGAGACAUGGCGUGAUUUGGUUGGUAGAGGUCAACAAAUUGGUUUGAAAAAGAAACAAGAGGCGUUUGAAAAGAUUGGAAUAUCUAUUGAAGAUUUAGAGAAGCUUCCGGAGGCACCACAACCAGAGGCGCUUCUCACCAGACUUUUACCUUAUCAGAAACAAGGUCUCGGUUGGAUGCUCUCUCACGAACAUCCGGCAGAACCAACACUAGAAAAUACAACUCAAUUUUGGACUUUGCGUAGAGGACCUGGAGACGGAUCCACCAUUUACUAUAAUGUUGCAACUAGUCAUGCAUCUCAAACUCGACCUGAAUUUUCCCGUGAAUUUUUAUCAUGUUUAGAUGAUAUGGGUCUUGGUAAAACGCUACAAACAAUAUCCUUGAUUGUAUCAGAUGCCAGUGGAGGGGAAUUUAUUACCACACCUUCACCUACAAGCCCGAAUUAUUCUAAAACGACUCUAAUUGUCGCUCCAUUAAGCAUCCUCGGAAAUUGGGUCGAUCAAAUUAAUACUCACGUGAAACCUGAUGUUCUGUCGUAUUAUGUUUUCCAUGGGCCGAAUCGAAUUUCAGAUACUUCCUUCCUUUCAGGCCAUGAUGUUGUGAUUACGGUUCUCGCAUCAUCGAACAUUAAAGAUAAACGUAGAGGGUUGUUUGCGAUAAAAUGGCGUCGCGUCGUUCUUGAUGAGGGACACAUUAUUAGAACAAAUAAGACAAAACAAAGCCAGGCUGCAUGUGCUUUGGAUGCUGAACGUCGAUGGAUACUCAGUGGCACUCCGAUCAUGAAUCAAUUGAAUGAUAUGUAUUCGCUGGUUAAAUUUUUAAGAAUUACACCAUUUCAAGAAUAUGAUUUGUGGACUCGCGUCUUUUCUCGUCCUGUCAGCAAAGGGGAUUUCGAUGGUAUUGACCGCCUUGCGUGCUUGAUUCGUACUACUUGUCUUAGGCGCACCAAAGAUAUGAAGUUCAAAGGUCGAUCCAUCUUAGAUCUUCCUCCAAUUAAUUCUUAUUUGCAUAAAGUCAAAUUUAGUACUGAAGAGAAAAAGAAAUACGAUUUGAUGGACAAAACCGCGAAGGAGUGUUUCCGUAAACUCGAAAAUUCUGGUGGAAGGGGUAGUGCUGCUGCAUUAUUGGAAAUUCUAAUGAGGAUGCGACAAAUUUGUGAUCAUUGGAAACUUGCAGAAGAUCGGUUAAAAUUAGCUUCUGAGAAUUCACUCGAUUUAACUCCAGAGAAUGCACAGAUAUUAGCCAAAUUCUUGAAAGAAGCGAUUGAAGAUAACGAAGACUGUUGUAUUUGCCUUGAUCCAUUAUCAUCACCAGUUAUAACCCUUUGUAGACAUGUUUUUGAUCGUGAAUGCAUUGAGCAAGUUAUCGAAAAACAAAAGCAUGCCUGUCCAAUGUGUCGUAAACCUAUCCACAAAGAACAACUAAUUGAGCAACCUCUGGAUUCGGUCGAAACUGAUGAGGAUUCUAGUGAAAAUUCAGAUAAAGGCUAUGUUUCUAGCUCUAAAAUUAAUGCCCUUUUGGAAUUCCUGAAAGUAUCUCGUGAAAAAGAUCCAGCUAGUAAGUCUGUAGUCUUUAGCCAGUGGACAUCUUUCCUUAAUCUAGUUGAACCUGCUCUCCACCAUGCCAAAAUCAAAUUUGUACGCCUGGACGGGAAAAUGCCGCGCCCUAAACGCGAAGAUGCAAUGAGAAUGUUCCAAAAUGAUCCAGAAGUUAAAGUGUUUUUAAUAAGUUUAAAAUGUGGAUCAUUGGGGCUUAAUUUGACCGCUGCGGAUCAAUGUUUCAUCAUGGAUCCAUGGUGGAAUCCUAGUAUCGAGGACCAAGCUGUUGAUCGAAUUUACCGAUUGGGACAAACUCGCCCGGUAUCAAUUUUCCGGUUUGUAAUUGAAAAUACAAUCGAAGAUCGUGUAAUUGAAUUACAAGAAAAGAAACGAAGCAUGGUAUCACAAGCUUUUGGUGAAAAGAUCAGAAAAGAUGCAAGCAAAAGACUUGAAGCACGAUUGGAAGAUUUACGAGCACUAUUGACGACGAAAUAA